UCCAAUCGACUCCAGAAAACUCUGUCCGCGGCCACGGCCUAGUGCUUUCGUUCCCUGUCUCCCGUCCUUUUAUUCGCUCAUGUCCGUCUGUCCGAACCCGAACCGAGCGGGACCCGCUGCCGUAUGACGGGGUAAAUACGGACUGUCGAUUUAAACUGAGAUUUGACCCCGAAAGUAAGUGAACUUACAGUAAACAGAGUGAGGAAGCGAUGACAUCCCGGAGAUUAAUGUGGUACCUUCAAGCAUUUGGAAAUUGCUCCCAAGAAUGAACCAGACUUGGAUCUUGGAUGAUUUCUUUUGAUUUUCCCAUGAUGUCAAGCAAAGAGGCACUGAGUUUGAAGGUGGUUCCAUCCCAACAUUACCGGAGUGGAGGCUGAGAACCUUCUACUCACUCGUGGUGUAGAUGGCAGUUUUCUGGCCCGUCCUAGCAAAAGCAACCCUGGAGACUUCACGCUUUCUGUCAGGCGAAAUGGCGCCGUCACCCACAUUAAGAUCCAGAACACGGGAGACUAUUACGAUUUGUACGGGGGAGAGAAGUUUGCCACGCUAGCUGAGCUGGUGCAGUAUUACAUGGAACACCACGGACAACUGAAAGAGAAAAAUGGAGAUGUCAUUGAGCUCAAAUAUCCGCUCAACUGUGCCGAUCCCACUUCAGAGAGGUGGUUUCAUGGUCACCUGUCUGGUCGUGAGGCUGAGAAGCUGUUGACAGAGAAGGGCAAAAAUGGAAGUUUCCUGGUAAGAGAAAGUCAGAGUCACCCGGGUGAUUUUGUGCUGUCGGUACGGACUGGCGACGACAAGAUGGACAGCAGCGACAGCAAACCCAAAGUCACCCACGUCAUGAUACGCUGCCAGCAUGAUCUGAAGUAUGACGUUGGUGGUGGAGAGAAAUUCGACUCUCUCACAGAUCUGGUGGAACACUACAAGAAAAAUCCCAUGGUGGAAACGCUGGGUACAGUCCUGCAGCUCAAACAGCCUCUGAACACGACCCGCAUCAACGCUGCAGAGAUCGAGAGCCGGGUGCGAGAACUCAGCAAGCUGGCAGAGGCCACCGAUAAGGUCAAACAAGGCUUUUGGGAAGAGUUUGAGACGCUUCAACAGCAGGAGUGUAAACUGCUCUACAGUCGCAAAGAGGGACAGCGGCCAGAAAACAAGAACAAGAACCGAUAUAAGAACAUUCUACCCUUCGACCACACGCGAGUCGUAGUGGACGACGGUGACGCAAACGAGCCAGGAUCCGACUACAUCAACGCCAACCUCAUCAUGCCUGAAAUUGAGACCAAGUGCAACAAUUCAAAGUUGAAGCGGAGCUACAUCGCCACACAGGGCUGCCUGCAGAACACCAUCAGCGACUUCUGGAGAAUGGUGUUCCAGGAGAACUCUCGAGUUAUCGUCAUGACAACAAAAGAAGUGGAACGGGGAAAGAGUAAGUGUGUGAAAUAUUGGCCUGACGUGUCCGCGCUGAAAGAGUAUGGAGCCAUGCGUGUACGGAACGUUAAGGAGACGUUGGCACAUGAUUACAUUCUGCGAGAGCUGAAGCUGUCGAAAGUUGGACAGGGAAAUACUGAACGUACAGUGUGGCAGUAUCAUUUCCGCGCCUGGCCCGAUCACGGUGUGCCCGCAGACCCCGGCGGCGUGCUGGACUUCCUGGAAGAAGUAAAAAUGAAGCAGGAGAGCAUAACAGGGGCUGGACCCAUCGUGGUGCACUGCAGUGCUGGAAUUGGACGAACAGGAACGUUUAUCGUGAUCGACAUCUUAAUUGAUAUCAUCAGAGAAAAGGGAGUGGACUGUGACAUCGACGUGCCCAAAACUAUCCAGAUGGUUCGAUCUCAGCGUUCAGGAAUGGUACAGACAGAGGCGCAGUAUAGAUUCAUCUACAUGGCCGUGCAACAUUAUAUUGAGACACUGCAGCGCCGCAUUGAGGAGGAACAGAAAAGUAAAAUUAAAGGACGCGAGUAUACCAACAUCAAAUAUUCUUUGUCUGACCUCACUGGAGGAGACCAGAGCCCUCUGCCGCCCUGCACGCCAACGGCAACCUGUGCUGAUAUGCGUGAUGACAGCUCUCGUGUGUAUGAGAAUGUGGGACUGAUGCAGCAGCAGAAGAGUCACAGAUGAGAUUCAGAUUCCAGCACUGUUUAAAACACGGGAAGUGCUUUUGUUGUUGCCAGCCGCUCCUGAACGCCUGAGAUGUGACCGUAAAUAUACGGAGAGAUGACACAAAAAAGACAAAAAAAAAAAGAAAAAAGUCUAGCGAGCGGUCCACAUGAGCUCAGAGACAUCUGGAUGGAGUGAAUUGGAUGCAUAGCCUUUUAACCCCACACUCUGAAACCACUGUGACUAUCAUGACGCCUUAUACUAAAAUAAACCCAAAACAGCCCCUGCAAAAUCACAUUCUUUUGGAUGUGGACUUUGCUCAGAUUCAUUCAGGCUAAAUUCAGCGCGUGUGGGAAAGCUUUAGCAUUUUUAUUCAUCUUGAAAAUAAUCCCUCGUUCAAUUUUUUUUGCCUUUCUCUUUUAAAUGAAGCGAGAACACUUUCUGAGAAGCAUUAUGAUAUUCUAACGGAAAGGGGACGGAGUAUCAGAAAUAAUCACGUCGUCUUUUACUAAAGUAAUCGGGAACAAAACACAAGGGAUUCUCGGCAAGGAAAGGAUAUUCUGAAACUAAUGAAAAGAUGUUCAGGUCCUAUUUCAACCCCAAAUCAAAAAGAAAGAAAUAUGAAUUUAAAUAUUUUGCAUUCAGAAAAUGAAGUGAGUUUAUUAGGACUGUCCAGAUUUUUUCAUCAAUUGAAAAUAAUUCCCCCCAAUUCUUAUUGUGAUGCGUUGGAAUGUUUUACUUGUGUGCACUGGGGGAAAAAAAGUACAAAAAUGCUGAGCAUUUUUGUCUUAUUUUCCAGUAAAAAUAUGUAAACAUUCUUAAAACAAGAUCAAUUUACUUAAGAAGUGACGAGGUAUUUUGCCUUGUUUUCAGAGAAAUCGAACACAAUUUAUUAAUGUUUAAGCUUAUAAGAAAAUAAAAAAUAAAAAUUGCCAAUGUGGUAAAAGCAAAAGCAAAAGAAA